AUGCACAACACAAUAAUCGGCUCAACUGGUAUAGACCAGGAUAAUCAUCUGGCUCAUGACAACUCGUACUCGAACGAACAAUGGGUUGAUAUGUCCGCCUAUAACAAUAUGGGAAUGACAACUUACGGUGGUGAAUAUUACGGCACGCCGGUAACUCAUGGGUUACCAUCUGAGUCUAUCGGCAUGGCCCCGCCGCCCGUUCCGCAUCAGAUGCAUAGCCAGCCGCACAAUAAUUACGCGAGUCAUCUACCUCAUCCGCUGAUAAUACCAAACCAGGUUCCAUGGCCUAGCCUCCGGACGAACCCUUCUCAGAGCUACGCGGCGCCUCCUGUACCUAUCCCUCCGGCGUCUGCUCCUAUGAGACAACCUCCGAGGUUGCCGACGAUUAACACGUCGCAGCCAAGGAAGACGUUAACGGACGAAGAUCGCAGGAAUAUGUGUUUAUUUCACGAGGACAACCCUCACGCCAAACAGACGGAGAUUGGACAAAAGUUUGGUGUUGAGCGAAGCACCGUAUCGAAGGUAUUGCGAAGGAAGGAACUCUACCUCAACAUGGAUAGUCAGGGCGGCUCUCCCGUGAAGAAAUCCAAGGGAAAGUCUCCGCCGGACAUUGAGCGAGCUCUUGCAAACUGGGUCAGAGGUCAACAGAAGAAGGGAGUCGUGGUCAGCGAUUCCCAGAUGGAGGAGAAGGCAAAGGUAUUCUGUACCGGCUCAGACAGUCCUCUGAAAACUAUCACGGCCUCCUGGAUCGAGAAGUUCAAGCAGAAGCACAACAUUGGCCCCGGGAAACUUAUCCGCAGAGCAUCCGAGACGGCUAUUCCUGACAACGCUCGACUGGACACUGGCUCACCGCUACUAUCCACUUCGCAGACACCAGGAGGGAUCUCACCGGCUUCACCGAUUAACCAGACGACCUCACCGCAACCUUCUUCGGCGAUCGAAAAAUCCGAAAGCAAAGAAUCUCUAUCUACAGGCUUCAUGGACUUCGAGACCAACGGAUACCGACACCCGCAUUCGCAGAGCUCAACGUCGCUCUCCAGCGCCGUAACGGACCCGCCAAGUUCGACGUUUUCCGCCGGCGCUUUUAGCCCGGGCUCUCAGUUCAACUUCUCACCGGAUCCCAACUCGGGAAUGUUUGGCGAUCGGAAUCAAAUGCCCGGAAACCCCAACUUCCAGCGCCCUCGAAGUCAGACCGUCCCCGACCUCGGACACCUCGAUUAUAUCAACCAGUCACAGUCCAGCGAGCCACUGACGCCGAAAUACAGCCAGUCCGGAACGGCACCCUCAUCAGCCCUCGAGUCGCCCGCUCACGAGAUACCGGCCCCGCCCUUUGGAAACUUGGAUUCGGCUAUAUCCCCGCCUACACCGCUGCACCACGUAAGUAGCAACAGCAGUUUAACCGGCAGGUCAAGUUGCUCAGGAGUUGCGGUGUCUGGCACGACGUUGGGAUCCUCACCGAGCUCACCGACGCAAGAGGAUGCCAGACGGGCUGCCGAUACCCUCCUGAGUUUCAUGCAGCAGUUCAAGACCACGGGGUUGGUUGACCAGAACGACUUCUUAAUAGUCCUCGGACUUACCGAGAAGCUGGGGUUACAGUCACAACAACAAAUGGGGAUCCUUCAGACUAAUUCGGCCUCCCAGGGCUUUGGAGGAUUGUCAAGGAUACCGGAAGGCGAUACAGAGAUGACUACGGCUCCCUCGCCCCUCAUCAAAAAUGAGACGACGAUGAGUGUAUGA